UUAUCAUUUACAUCUGAGUCUACUUUGAGUGCACUUCACGAUGAGUUCUCCAUCAACAUCUUCUCCAUCAUACGUGCUGCCAGAUAGCCCACCAGCACACCAGCGCGUGCUCAACUAUUGGCAGCGCAAAGCUGCCAUCGCUGCUGCUGAGUCAUCCGCUGCUGCACCCGCUCUACUCAACGUGGAACCACCAUUGCCGGGCGGCGAGAUCAUGGUCGGGGACAGCCCUAUUCAACGCUUGGCUCCAGCUGCUACCUGGGCACCGCGGUGAGCGGUGCUAACUACUCUACCGAACAACAGGCAGAAGCGAGGGAAGCGAAAGUUGAUGUUUGAGGAGGAGGCUGAAGUUAGCGGAGAUGAGGACGAGUCAAUCUUCUCACAAACAAAGAAACGUGCUGGAAUGGACGAGAACUCAUCCAUGCUCCCACUGAUGAAGGAGCUGCGACGAAGGGAGGAGGAGGAUGAGAUGGAGUUUGUAACAAUUGUAAAUGCACCAACGCCUAAACCAUGGAUCCCACUGAGGGAGUUAAAGGAGCACACUCCCUACCCCAUUAUUGGCGCGAGGGAACAAACAAAUAUUCACGGACGACGAGUAAUUUUAAAAAUUACCAAUGCAGGAAGCAAAUCUACGAGUGAGGUGUAUUUACCGCAACAAUUUGCUUCCUGCAUUAGCUCAGAGAAAAUACACCAAUUCAACCUCAAGUGUAAAAAUUUUGUGAUGAUGGUAACACAUAGGUCGCCAAAUUGGUCCGAUAUAAAAAUUGUUAAGCAAUAA